ACUUCCCCCUCAGUUCCUUUCCCCAUCCUCACCCACCCCCAUUCUCCCAUCGACCAGGUAGUGCCCGACUGAGUUCAGCCCCUUCGGCUGGAGGCUCGGGUUUAUCUGGAAUCAACGUGAAUCUCAUUCAGGAGCCGCACGCCGUGAAGAGAAGGAGCGGUCCCGUCACAAAAAGCCGGGGGGGACAGACUGCGACUAGGACAGGGAACGGGCCGACUUUUUCACCAUAAAUCGGAGCUGAGGGGAGGACGGGAGCCAUGGCUAUGUUCUCAGCUCUGGGACUGCUUUUAUUAUGCCAGCUUUUGACAUCAUCCCUUGCCCAGAGACCUGGACCUCGAGGGCCAGGAGGACCCCCAGGGCCUCCAGGAGCCCCAGGGAAAGAUGGCAUAGACGGAAAACCUGGUCCAGCUGGGCUUGCUGGAAAGCCUGGGCCUAAAGGUCAACCUGGAAAGCCAGGGACAGCUGGAAGCCCCGGACUGCCUGGUCUGCCUGGAGUGGAUGGAUUGACCGGUUCUGAUGGCCCUGCUGGCAUAGAUGGACCUCCUGGAGAAGUAGGGGAAGCCGGACCUCCAGGACCAGCUGGACCACCUGGCAGGGGGAGACCAGGAGCCCCAGGGCCACCAGGAGCUAAUGGAUUGCCAGGCGGAGUAGGACCUCAGGGGCCAGCAGGACCUGAAGGUCUGCCAGGACUUGCCGGCCCACCUGGGCUUGAUGGACCCCCAGGUCUUCCAGGGGCUCUUCCCGAUGGUAGCGGUGAUCUUUUGUGCCCAGCUAUUUGUCCCCCUGGCCCAUCUGGUCCUCCUGGAAUGCCAGGGUUCAAGGGCCACACUGGUCACAAGGGAGACAAGGGAGAGCUUGGAAAAGACGGGGAGAAGGGUGAUCCCGGCCCUCCUGGUCCUCCAGGUAUUCCAGGCACAGUGGGUCUCCAGGGUCCAAGAGGUCUGAGGGGACUGCAAGGCCCGGUGGGGGCUGUUGGAGACAGGGGAUAUCCUGGCUUCAGAGGCAAGCCUGGCCCUCCUGGAGUCAUCGGGAAAACAGGAGAUGCCGGUGAGAGAGGGCCAGAGGGUUUCAAAGGACCAAAAGGAGAGAUUGGUAAAAUCGGGCCUAAGGGAGUCCCAGGGCCAGCAGGUCCCAAGGGGGAGCCCGGCAUUCCCGGCAGAGACGGCAAGGACGGCACACAGGGAUUAGAUGGAGAGAAGGGAGAUGCUGGAAGACCUGGGGUGCCUGGUGAGAAAGGCCCCAACGGCCUGCCUGGUUUACAAGGAAGGGCUGGAGCAAAGGGAGCCAAAGGAGGAGUUGGGGACUCUGGAGAGAUGGGAGAAGCGGGACCCUCUGGAGAGCCAGGUAUUCCUGGUGAUAUUGGAAUUCCAGGAGAGAGGGGAGAGGCUGGACCCAGAGGUGUGGCAGGUGGCCUUGGACCAGUGGGAAAUGCAGGACCUGAAGGAUCAAAAGGCUACCAGGGUGUUAAAGGAGCUCUUGGAGACCCUGGCCUUCCAGGGCCAACAGGAAUCAGAGGAGGAUUUGGUGAGCGGGGUCCUGUUGGAGCAUCUGGCCCUAAAGGAGACAUGGGUGUGGCCGGAAGUGAUGGUUUGCCGGGAGAAAAUGGCGAGCCUGGUCCAUUUGGCCCGGUUGGACAAAAAGGAGAGUCUGGGAAGCGCGGUGAGCUGGGGCCGAAGGGCGUGACUGGACCCCAGGGGGAGAUGGGAGCCAGAGGACCCCCAGGAAAGACUGGCCUGAUGGGACUGCAGGGAGAGCAGGGUCUGACCGGCAUUGCUGGAAAGUCAGGCGUGCCCGGAAAGCUGGCUAGUGAGCAGCACAUCAGAGAGCUCUGUGGAUCGAUGAUUGAUGAUCAGAUUGCGCAGUUGGCUGCCAACCUGAGGAGGCCACUUGCUCCAGGAGCAGUGGGCCGCCCCGGCCCAGCUGGCCUCCCAGGGAAGACAGGAGAGGUUGGAUCUGUAGGACACCCAGGAGCCCGUGGACCCCCAGGAUACAGAGGCCUUCCCGGAGAGCUGGGCGACCCUGGCCCCAGAGGUGAUGUUGGAGAGCAAGGAGACAAGGGAACAAUUGGCAAGGCAGUUGAUGGGCCACCUGGUGACCAAGGAGAGGAAGGUUUGCCAGGAGUGAAUGGAAUUGUUAAAGAUGGCCGCGAUGGUGCCCCUGGAGACCCGGGAGAGCCAGGAGAACCAGGCCGAACGGGCCGCACCGGACACCAGGGCCCAUCUGGCAUCUGUGACACGUCCGCCUGCCAUGGGGCAUCCGUGGCCGGGAAGAGCCACAAUCCCAAGAACCAUUAGACAAAUACUCGACCUCAUCCCUCCCUCACCCCACCCCAGCCUGGAGACGGCCUAUCCCCCCGUUGGGAGUGGAGAAAGCUGAGUGAGCAAGAUCGAGAAGAAAGACAAGAGGUCACUGCGAAUUUUUUUAUGAUUUUUUUUUUUUUUAGCCAAACAGGAACAAUAAAAGAGGAGAUGAGAGAAAUUAUUUUUAGAAUGUAUUUUUUAAAAAAGAGUGGGAGAAGAUCAUGGAAGAGCAAACAUCAUGGCAGUUGGAAAGAACAGGCCUGGAAAAGUGAGACUUGAAAUGGAGACACCAUCGAAGAAUAGGACAAAAAAGAUAGUCCAUCACAUCAGCGGGGCGAGAGUCCAUCAGCUAUGCUCUGAGUGACAGCACAAGUUUACUCCACACAGAAAAGACAACUGCAAAAUGGAGAAGUGGUUACUAACCAUUCCAAUCCCAUCACCGUGUAUAUGUAUGUGUAAAAAAAGCAAAACCUGAAAAAAUAUUACUUUAUUCCCUUCAUCUUAUUAUGCCCCGUCCAUCUGAAGCUCCUUUGGAACUUCAUAGCUGUGAUUGUUGGCAGACUAACUCUUCAACAAGGUGCUAUGAAAGUAAACACGUGCUUCAAAGGUUUUUUCACUUCAACCAGAAGAGUUUACCUCAAAGCAUGGGCAAAUACACAGAAACUGGUCAAACAUAAGAGUGACAAUGUACAACACGUACAUUAAUGAGCCCUACUUUGUGUAAAAACAUGAAGAAAUAAGAUAUUUUGUAUAUUACUGCACCCACCAUAUUUUUCAUUGAGUUAGUUUAGUUUUUUAAUGAAACAAAACUAAAGUGUUUUUUUUUUGUUGUCAUUGUUGUGUUUUUGUUUUCUUUGAAACAUGUUGGAACAAACAACCCCCCUUUCAAAAUGGUUCCAAAAUAAAACAAGGAAGUGUCUUUGCAGACGCUUCAGAAUCUGUAAGUACUGUAAGUCAUUGGCGAAUCGUGGGCUUUUUCACUUUUUCUGGCAAUUUUCACCAUCUCCACUAUGUACUGGUGCUGUAACUAUUAAAUAUACAUGAUUUUAAAUACUAUUUAUUAUUUGUGGGUGACUUGUAUGUACAGUAAGACGCUAUAGCACCAUGUUGUAAGAAAUAUUGAAUAAAGCCACUUUUCAGUAAAACAGUA